AUGGUGGAGGCAGCGUCUUCGCUGCGGGAGGGCCUGAGGGAGCUGGGGCCCACGCUCGACAGCCUGUGGAAGGAGGUCCGGGACGCGCGCGACGCCAGGGAGCACGCCGCGGCUUCGCUCCAGAGGCUCAGGGCGGACGUGGAGGCGGAGGUGCUCAAGCAGGUGGAGCAGCUGGGCGUCCGGCUGGCGACGCAGGUGGACGCCCAGGUGGAGGCGAGGCUGGCACAGCAUGGCGAGGUCACCCGCGAGAUGACUAAGCUCCGCGAGGAGCUGAAAUCCCAGCUGACGAAGGCCGAGGCCCGCGCCCUCGUCGACGAGCGCGUGCAGGUGGCGGCCCUCGAGGCGGCGCGGCCCGCCGCGGAGGCCGCCUGCGGGCCGCUGCUGGCCGAGCUGCGCGCGGCCCUCGGCGAGGCCCCCGCCGGGCAGCUUGCCGCGCUGCGCGCGGGCGCCGCGCGGGCCGAGGAGCAGCUGGCGGCCGCACAGGGCGAGCUGCAGGCGCAGCGCGCGGCGACGGCCAGGCUGGCCGAGGACGUGGUCGACACGAAGAGGCUGUCGGAGGCCGCCCAGGCGGCCGCGCAGUGGGCCGCGGACGCGGCGGUGAACGCCACGCGCGGGUCGCGGGCGGAGCCGGGGCGCUUCUCCGAGGAGCCACCGCUGCUCGGCCAGCUGAGGAGGCGGGUGGACCAGUGCCAGGCGGACUUCUCCAGGGUCAACAAGAUCUGCGAGGACCUCGAGCUCGCCCACCGCCAGCUCUUCCUGGCGCGCCCAGAGCUCGCCGCGCUGGACGGCAGGCUGCGCGCCGUCGAGGAGGCUUCGGCAGCUACCGGAUGGCACCUUUGUCGCGCGCCCGCAGUGCCGACCGCUCCGGGCGCGCAGGCGUUCGCCGCGUGCUGCCGCCGCCGCCGCCUCCGCUUCCGACGCCCACGCCGUCGUCGGUUGCGUCGGCGUCGUCGCCGCUGUGCCUUUGCGUCCUCGGCGGCCUCCUCGACCUCGUCGGCGGCGUCAUUGGCGUCGCCAUCGGCCUCGCGUUGGCUUUUUCUACUUCGUCGUCGUCGUCGGCGUCGUCGUCGUUUGUGA